AUGAUGUACGCUCUAUUCUUAUUUUCUCAAUUUGCAAAUUGCUACGAAGAAAUAUCGCUUCAAAACACCAAGGGACUUCGAUAACUUAAUAUAGAAAACUCAGUGGAUGAAACAAUUGUAUUUGAAGCGAAAUCCAGUUAAAGUCAAGUAAGCAUACUGUUGAUUUGUGACACAGCUCCAAACUUUUAAAAUUUAGAGGAUAUUUACAAUGAUUCAAAGUAUUUUAAUUUAUAUGAAGCUUUGGAUGCAUUUGUGAUUGGAAUGCUUUUGAUUUCUCCGAAGCUUCCUAAAAAGUAAUGCUUAUUAGAAAUUCAACAAAUAAUAUGAUAUCAUAUUCUAAAAAUGUCAAAUAUACAAAUAGCAAAUCUCCUUACGUAGGAAUAUUUUCCAAAACAUAUGAUUUCGUAAAUAUCUAUAUUUAUCCAAAAUAAUCCAACGAUUGCAUAGUGUAAAUUUCCAAAGUAUUCAAUAGGAAUUGUAAGUACAAUGGAGAAUGCAACAAAGGCAGCUGCUUAUGUGAAGAAGGACACUUUGGCUUCGAUUGUAAAUACCAAGGGUUUAACAUCUUUGAUGAGGAAUACCUGAUGAAGUCUAGCUUCUAUUAUGUGGAUCUAAAAUCUUGUAAGGAUGCUAAUUUUUCAAUUCAGUUUAAAAAGUAAGGCAAACUGAGUUAUUAAUGUUUCUCUACAAAUCCAUACUUAAGAAAGGCAAAAAUUAAUAACACUGACAAUAUUUAUAUAUCAAGAGAAGAAAUUAAUAACUGUUUGCAUUAGGGAGAUAUAUAAUUUGGGGUUGCUUCAUAUUACAUCAUUUAAAUUUAUUAAGAUGAAUUACUUUACAUUAAGAAAUAGGAUGGAGAAGACUUCAAUAAUAACAAAACUAUUUUAAUUGCCAUUUUGUCUACGUGUCUCUCGUUUUUAUGUUGCCUAAUCUUCUGUGUUUUCAAGUGUUACAGGACGAAGAGGGUAGUAAUAAAUCCAAAUGCAAAUGUCAAUAGAAUAUUAAUGAAUUUGUAAGAAAACAAAACCACAAUUGAUUAGACAUCAGAUAUAAAUGAGUUCAUCCCUAUAAUUUAAUACUCAGCUAUUUUCAAGAAAUACCCAUAAAUAUUAGAUUUUAGUCAAUGUGCCAUUUGUUUGGAUACCUUUAAUCAAGAAUAAUAAGUUAGAGUGACCUAUUGUUAGCAUGUUUUUCAUUCCAAGUGCUUCGAUGCUUGGAUUAAGAAAAAUUCUGUAUUUUACACUUAUCUAUAAUAGAGUUGUCCAAUCUGUCGAUCAUCAUAGGAUAAAAGAACUAUAAAGCAACAAGAAAAACUGUAAACCAUCAUUUCUUAAAAUACAGAAUUCAACCCAGAAGUUACGACUCAAAAGUAAGCGAUAUCAAGAACAUAUGGAGAAACUCCUAUGUUGACGAACCAUAGGUCAGUUGGAUCUUCUAAAUACAUCUAAAGUAAUAUUUGA